CACUUGCUUUUCCUCACUCUGCUACCAAAGGACUAUUUACUUUGAUUACGAUAGUGUCUGCCCCGCUACCCCCGCCUUUCCAGAUGGACAUCGAUCUAAGCAGAAGGAAUAAAAAGCCCCGCCCUUUGCUAGAAUCUGAACGGGAGAGAUUAGAGGAAUUCAUUGAUUCUAUUCAUUAUUCAGCCAGAUACUCAGAUGACCAGUUCGAAUACCGCCAUGUCCAACUCCCCAAAAACAUGCUCAAGAAAAUACCUGCAGACUAUUUUGACAGUUCAAAAGGAACGCUAAAACUACUGUGGGAGGAUGAAUGGCGUGCACUUGGUAUCACACAAAGCUUGGGUUGGGAACAUUAUGAAGUGCACGAGCCAGAACCACAUAUUCUUCUCUUCAAGCGCCCCUUGAACUAUCAGCCGCCAGUAUCACAGUAACUCGUCAGCUGGAAUACUGUUGAUGCCAACCUUGCCCCCGUCGCCUCUGAAACACUAAUACAACGAGAUCCAAAAACAACAGUCACUG